AUGUACAACGGGAUAGGAUUGCAGACGCCAAGGGGGUCGGGAACUAAUGGUCACAUCCAGACCAAUAAGUUCUUCGUGAGGCCAAGGACCGACAAGGUUGCUCAUGCUUCCAGGGGAUUCGAUGAAGACCAAGGCACUGCGGGGAUAUCCAAAAAGCCCAACAAGGACAUCCUUGAGCACGACCGCAAGCGGCAGAUCCAUCUCAAGCUCGUGGUGCUUGAAGACAAGUUGAUUGAGCAAGGUUAUACUGAUGCGGAGAUUGCUGAGAAGAUGGAGGAAGCAAGGAAGACUUUGGAAGCAGCAUCGGCCUCCGAGGAAAGUGGUGGACCUACUUCUUUGAUCUCAGGGGAUGCUAAGAUUUCCAACACACAGUCUCACCAAGUUGCUGCGAGAAAGGAGAGGCAGAUGGAGACAUUGAGGGCUGCUCUGGGAAUUCAGUCAACUGAUCCAAACAAAGAUAUUGCUGAGUUGAGCGAUGAUGGACCAUUUACUGGUGGAAAGAGUGGUCUUAAGAAACCAGAGCAUUCUUUCCUGGAUAGGGAUUUCAAAUGGAAGAAAGAUGCUGCAGAAGAUCUGGACAUUGAAAGGGAUGAUAAGAACAGGGCAGCUGGUGCUGUGAAAAGUAGGAAGAAAGGAGAGGAAGCUGAUGAGGCAGGACAAGAUAGAAGGGCGAAAUCCAAGAGAAAGAAGCAUCAUCACAGUUCAGAAUCUGACACUAGUAGCAGUGCAGAGGAGGGUGAAGUGGUUCGAGGGAAGCAUGGCAAAGCCAUACAUGUUAGUCGUAGUGAUGAGGCCGACAGUGAUUCAGAUUAUGGCAAGAAGAACAGAGCUUCAAAGAAGCAUAACAAGAGCAGAAAACAUAAAAAAUAUAGCAAUGAUUCUGAUUCUGGCCAUGAUACCGACUCUGAUGAUGGGAAGAAUAAAAUUUCAGGCAAGCACAAUAACAGCAAGCAUGGCCGCAAGAGAGAUGACUCAUCUUAUGAUGAUGAUACUGAUUCAGACAGUGGCAAGAAGAAGAAGCAGAAGAAGAAGGAUAUCUCAAGGAAGCCUAAGAAAAUUAGAAGUGGUAGUGAAACUGAUGAUUCUUCUGCCGAUGACAGUGAGGGUGAUGCUGUCAAGAAUAAUCCAAAAGUUCAAUCAGAGAAAAGGCACUCUGAUGAUGGGAAGAAUAAAAUUUCAGACAAGCACAAAAACAGCAAGCAUGGGCGCAAGAAGGAUGACUCAUCUUAUGAUGAUGAUACUGAUUCAGACAGUGGCAAGAAGAAGAAGCCGAAGAAGAAGGAUACUUCAAGGAAGCCUAAGAAAAUUAGAAGUGGUAGUGAAACUGAUGAUUCUUCUGCCGAUGACAGUGAGGGUGGUGCUGCCAAGAAUAAUCCAAAAGUCCAAUCAGAGAAAAGGAUCAAAUCUCAGAGGAGGCGUGACUUUGACCCUGAUGAUGAUUCUGGAUCGGAGUCUGAGUCAUCCAGGCAUAGACUUGAGGAGGCAAGACAGCAUGCCAAAACAAGAAGGCGACAUGACUCUGAUGAUGACUCUGAUGUUGAUGUUUCGGCUAAGAGGAAAGACACCCUUAAAAUGCUCAAAGGUCAUAGUGAUGUGAACCAAAGAAGAGAAAAGAGAAAUUCUGGUGCAGGAGCCCAUUCGAAGAACCGAGACUCUGACAUGGACAACGAAUCAAGUCCAAAGAAAAAUAGAGAACGCAGAUGGGAAUCAACUAAGAAUGUUGCUAAUGUUGAUUAUGACUCUGGCAGUGAUGGGUCUUAUGAAACAAAAGAGAGGAUGAGGAAUAAGGAGAAACAUAAUUAUGGAGUGGGAGAAGAGAAGCAAGAUCUGGAUGUUGGGAAGCAGAUUUUUCAGAGAGAAGCUGGUCGUCCUAAGAAAGAUCAAACUGUUGGAGAAGAAUUGGAGAGUAAAUUGUAUCGGGAUGAUGGUCAUGGUCGUUACUCUAGGUCGCUGAAUUCCAGGGAUGGUGUCUCUGAGAAGGUUGGGGAUGCAGAGAGAACGGAGUAUAAGGCUGAUGAAUCUCCAUAUGGAAGUCAAAUCCGCCAACGAUAUCAUGAAGGAAAUGACAGGGAGAAUAAGGACCGUAGGGAAGAGCGGCAAAAGUAUAACAAAAACUCCAAGGAAGAAAGGGGGAGGGACAAAAGCUACACCAGAGAAGAGCAGGGAAGAGACAAAGAUGUUAGAGAAGAGCGUGGAAGGGACAGUUUGGAUGCUAGGGAAGAACAUGGAAGAGAGAAACGAGAUGAUAGAAGGGACAUCCGAGAGGAACAUGGAAGAGAAAAAAGGGACACCAGGAAAGAGCACGCAGGUGACAAAAGAGAUGUGAGAGAAGAUCGUCGAAGUGAUAAAAGGGACGUUAGGGAAGAACGUGGAAGAGACACUAGGGAAGAUCGUGACAGCAGAGACAUUAGGGAAGAAAGUGGAAGGAACAGGAGCCAUGCUAGGGAGGAAGAAGAUGGUCAUAGAAUUAGAAGGUAUGAUAAAGUUGAACAAGAGGGUGAGCAACGGAAAGGCUUUACCGACAAUGAUGAUGUUCAAAAGCGUGGAAUUCUGAGGCAUGAAAGGGAGGAAGAAGGGCAGCAACAAAGUAGAGAUGAUGGGUUGGUUUCCUCCAAGAGAGCCCGACAUGAUGAUGAGUCACGUUAUGAAAAUGACAGACGCAGUGACAGUCGACGCCGCUACCGGGACUGA